GCGGUCCCCGCAGUGUGCGGUAGAGUGAAUGUAGCUGUCAGCUCCCGGGAUGUGGGCGACAGGUUUCUCUUAACACAGCAGGAGUCAUGGCAGCAGCCACCCCUGUGGCUCCUACAGAGCUGGGGAGUAGCCAGGACCUUCAGAUCUUCUUCUUAGGCUGGGCCAGGCUUCCACCAUUAAUUCAAAAAAAUAUUGUUUUGUUUUUACUUUAAUGAAGAGUUUUGCCUAUAUUCCUGGCACUUAGUGUCUUUUUUUUUUUUUUUUUUUUUUGCAGUAUAGUUGAUGUACGGUAUUAUACAUCAUAUCUUUUUUAAGCCCCAGCUCUGUAGCCUAUGCAAAAAUAAGUUCCCCUUUAAAGAAUGUUCGCUCUCAAGGGUCAAAGGAGGAGUAUAGAGGUGGUGUUUGUUCUUUGCUGUUUGUUUACUAAGGAUCUAGGCAGGGAGGCGUUUAUUGCUUUUUUCUGAAGUUGAGGUCAUGGAUUGGGGUGCACUCCAGAAAUGAGCGUUAACAUUUCUGAAGUCAGGCCCACAAGCAUCUCUUUUAAAUGACUUCCUUUAUUCUAACUGCUAACUGUCUCCUUAAUUAUGAGCCUCCACAGUGGCUGUUUCUGAUAAAUUUAGACCGUUUUAAACAGACUUUCAUAUACGGGCAGUCUCAGAAUCAGGCUCUCUCAGGAUUCCUAGGAGGUCUCCUAAGUUGGGGCAUCAUUCCACUAUUCUGAUCUCUUUGUGUAUGAUGUCCUGGGGUUGACUCAGAAACGUUGCUGAACAUAUGACAAAGUAGCAUUUGAUGAACAGGGGUCUCCAGGUUCCCGUUCUCCUUUACAUCCCGAGGAAGACCUUCCACUUAGCUGCGCUUGUCAGUGAAAGUCCAGAUUUACCACUGGAUUAUCUGUAAUUCUGUUCCUUCUCUUCUUUCUCUCAGUAGCAUUAUAGGAGGAGAGAACACUUAAUUCCAGUUGAAUUUCAGCUUGGAUAAAUAUAGGAACAAACUAGAAAGGACCAAUCGUGUUCUCCUAGGUGGAAAAGAUAGAGAUUCCAAAUUGGAAUAAGAGAGAAUCAGCAAAUGUAUGUCACACCAUCUCUCGAUGCUCUGGCAUUCAACACGGUAGGAGUAGUUGGUGAUAAUUACAGUCAAAGUAAUAUCAGAGUUAGGAGAUGGAUCCUAAGCUUUUUAGUCAUUAGACGCAUAAGAAAUUUGUAGCAUAAUCAGAUUGUUUUCAUAGCAUGCGUGUCCAGCUUGAAAUAAGACAUAACUGACCCCACAUAACCCAUACGGCAUCCGUAUCCUCAUCAGUAAAAAAUGGAGGUAGCGGUACCCACCGCAGAGUUCUUACGAGGCUGAAAUGAGGCGAUAAGUUAUGAAGUACCACACACAGCCCAGAACUGUGCAAAUACAGGGUUGUAAUACCAUGUGACGCAUUCACAUCUCAAAACACUGGCGCCCUUAACCUUUAAACAUAGAAAUUAGAAGGAAUAUUGAGACCGGUUUGUUUAAAUUGCCGAAAUUCUCUCUCCUGGCCCUGAACACUUCUGCUGCAUCUGUAUUGGAUUUCAAGAAUUUUCCCUUUUGUCAUCUUGGCCAGAUGCUGGAAUGUCUAUCUCGUGUGAAUCCAGGCUUUUAACAGAGAGUGGGAGCCAGAGGUCAAGUGUCACAUGUAUGCCGUGUCCCUAAAUAUAACGGUCUCCAGGGCCCUUCCCGGCCUGCACAGCACUGUUGAUGCCUUGUGAUUCCUGCUCCCUGGAUGGAGGGUCCUGUGACUAGCCAAGAACUUACCAAGUUCUGCCCACAAAUCAAGUCCCGGGUUUUGAAGCGACAUUGCUGGGAACUCACAGACAAGUGCAGGAUUCACCCGGGAGGCCUGGCAGCCUGUAGAUGACUGAUGUCUAUGCUUUUGCUCCGGCGCCCACAGUUCCUGGGACACAGGAAAAAGCCCAGCUGGGUGUUUGCACCCCAGCCAAGGAGGUGUCUUCCUAGACGCUCCACCUCUCAGCAUUUGUAUUUCUUACAACUGAAGAUGGAUAUUUGUGAAGGAAGGUUAACCUGCCCUCUUAACUCCGCGGUGGUUCUAGCGUCCUAUGCAGUACAGUCUCAUUUUGGAGACCAUGAUUCUUCCAUUCAUCCUCCGGGCUAUCUUUCUGAUAGUCAGUUCAUACCGGAUCAGAAUGAGGACUUUUUAGCGAAGGUGGAGGCGCUCCAUGAGCAGCACAGUGGGCUGAAGCAGUCGGAAGCAGAAUCUUGCUUUAUCAACAUAGCACGGACCCUCGACUUCUAUGGAGUGGAGCUGCACAGUGGUAGGGAUCUGCACAGUUUAGAUCUAAUGAUUGGAAUUGCUUCUGUGGGCAUCGCUGUGUACCGAAAAUAUAUUUGCACAAGUUUCUAUCCUUGGGUGAACAUUCUAAAAAUUUCUUUCAAAAGGAAAAAAUUCUUUAUACAUCAGCGACAAAAACAGACUGAAUCCAGGGAACACAUAGUGGCCUUCAACAUGUUAAAUUACCGAUCUUGCAAAAACUUAUGGAAGUCCUGUGUCGAGCACCAUACAUUCUUUCAGGCAAAGAAGCUACUACCUCAGGAAAAGAAUGUUCUGUCUCAGUACUGGACUCUGGGCUCUAGGAACCCCAAAAAGUCUGUAAAUAACCAGUAUUGCAAAAAAGUGAUUGGAGGGAUGGUCUGGAACCCGGCCAUGCAGAGAUCUUUAUCAGUGGAACAUUUAGAAACCAAGAGUCUACCGUCUCGGUCUCCUCCUAUUACUCCCAACUGGCGAAGUCCUCGACUCCGGCACGAAAUCCGAAAGCCACGACACUCUUCCGCAGACAACCUUGUGAACGAAAUGACGUACAUCACUGAAACUGAAGAUGUGUUUUACACCUACAAGGGCUCCAUGUCCCCUAAAGACAGCGAUUCUGAGAUUUCUCAGAACCGAAGCCCACACCGAGAAGAAAUGAACUCUGUCCUGGCUUUUGUUUCCGAUGACUACCGCAUUUACAGUUCUGAAGCGUCGGCUUCUGAGGGCGAGCACCCGUUUGUCUGCCGGAGUAUAUCCGAGAACAACCCAGCACAAAGCUGCCUGACCCAGAAGUCAUCCAGUUCUGUGUCUCCAUCUUCAAAUGCUCCAGGCUCCUGUUCCCCAGAUGGCGUCGAUCAGCAGUUCUUAGAGGACUUCCACAGGGUGACCAAAGGGGGCUCCACCGAGGACUCCAGCCAGUACUACUGUGACAAGAAUGAUGGUGACGGCUACUUAGUCUUGAUCCGCAUCACACCAGAUGAAGAUGGAAAAUUUGGAUUUAAUCUAAAGGGAGGAGUGGAUCAAAAGAUGCCUCUUGUGGUAUCAAGGAUAAACCCAGAGUCACCUGCGGACACCUGCAUUCCUAAGCUGAACGAAGGGGAUCAAAUCGUGCUAAUCAACGGCCGGGACAUCUCAGAACACACCCAUGACCAAGUGGUGAUGUUCAUCAAAGCCAGCCGGGAGUCGCACACACGGGAGCUGGCCCUGGUGAUCAGGAGGAAAGCUGUCCACUCGUUUGCUGAUAUCAAAUCUGAAGAUGAACUGCACCAGCUUUUCCCAGAGGCCAUUUUCCCCGUGUGUCCGGAGGGUGGAGACACGCUGGAGGGAUCCAUGGAACAGCUAAAGAAGGGCCUCGAAAGCGGGACGGUGCUGAUCCAGUUUGAGCAACUCUACAGAAAGAAGCCCGGUUUGGCCAUCACAUUUGCAAAGCUGCCUCAAAAUUUGGACAAAAACCGAUAUAAAGAUGUAUUGCCUUAUGACACCACCCGGGUAUUAUUGCAGAGAAACGAAGAUUAUAUUAAUGCGAGUUACGUGAACAUGGAAAUUCCUGCUGCGAACCUUGUGAACAAGUACAUUGCCACUCAGGGACCCCUGCCACAUACCUGUGCACAAUUUUGGCAGGUAGUCUGGGAUCAGAAGUUGUCACUCAUCGUCAUGUUGACCACUCUCACAGAGCGAGGGCGGACCAAAUGCCACCAGUACUGGCCCUAUCCUCCCGAGGUCAUGGAACACGGCAGCUUUCACAUCCGCUGUCAGUCAGAGGACUGCACCAUCGCUUACGUGUUCCGUGAAAUGCUGGUCACGAACACCGAGACCGGAGAGGAGCACACCGUGACGCAUCUCCAGUACGUGGCAUGGCCAGACCACGGCGUUCCCGAUGACUCCUCAGACUUUCUGGAAUUUGUAAACUAUGUGAGGUCCCUGAGAGUGGAAGGUGAACCCGUCCUAGUUCACUGCAGUGCUGGGAUAGGUCGAACCGGUGUGUUGGUCACCAUGGAAACAUCCAUGUGCCUGAUCGAGAGGAACCUGCCCAUUUACCCACUGGAUAUUGUUCGGAAAAUGCGAGACCAGCGCGCCAUGAUGGUGCAGACAUCAAGCCAGUACAAGUUUGUGUGUGAAGCGAUCCUUCGUGUUUAUGAAGAAGGCUUAGUCCAAAUGCUGGAUCCCAGUUAAGAUGACUGUGAAGACGUUCAUUCCUCUUUCCCAAGGGCGUCCUCCUUCUCUCUGGAAACAGCAAGAGGAAUUUGUAGGCUGUGGGAAAGGAAUGAGCAUAUUUGAACCCAAGCACUUUAAAUUUCUAUUAAAAGAAAAAGGUAUCGUGUACAUAGGAACUGUGUAGAUAACGCAUGCGGUUAUAGCAUCAUUUAGGCCCGCACCUCCUCCGGAGAGAUAAGCAGAAGGGGAUCUCAGUUUGGGGCCUGUCCUAAUGCCUCCCUCCUUCUCCGUCUCCAUAUUCCUGUAAACCAUCCUUGGGCAAUUGAGAGGGGUCGCCAGCAACCCUGUUGACCUCCCAGAAACGAGAUGGUGUGGCUGUUCAGAGUUGCUUGGAUGAGUUGUGUGUAUAUGUGUAUAGGACUAAGGGCUGAGCUUUCCGUGUGUCUGGGCGGAGCUGGAACAGUCAGCGUUCACCUGCCCUGAUGCUAACGAGAAACCCCAUGAAUGUACUGAACGGCAGGGGGUGGGGUGUCAGGCCUAGGGGCAAGCAGUGCCUUUUCUGCCCUCCCUUCCUUGGCCCCAUCUCCCUGCCACCUCCAAUAUUCACGUUUCUGAGAAUCGUGUCCGAAUGCCCUGCCUUCUCCCUGCAUUAGUGACCCUCCUCAGGUUCACACCAGCGCCUGAACCGGGCAGUGCAGGUUUCGGGUGAGUUUUCAGUUAAGACUCUGAGAACAAGGACUCCCAGUGUUGUCCCACGUGUUCGUUUUUGGAGCAGGUGCCUCUUGCCUCUGCUUUCCUCUUGCUGUACCCUCAGCACCCAGGACUGGAAUCAUCCACUACUGAAUCUAAGACAUGGAUUGCUGCUACUUCGAGCUAUUACACUUGAAACAUUACAAUUUUCCUGAGGGGAGAUGGGAUAUCACCUAAAUAUUCAGAAUCUUUGGCCCUUCUGAGAAAAGAUCUAGUCGUUGAGCCAUGGGAAACCCAGCUUCUAGAGGGUUGCCUGUGGAGGUGUGUGUGUGUGUCUGUGUGUUGUGUGUGCUCCCACGGGUGAGUGUUUCUUGGGAUUCCUAACUUGAUUCAAAUUACAGUUGAGUUUAUAUAAAGAAUGAGUCUCUGUAUAGAAGAACAAAUGUGUGCAUUCACUUAGUUACAAUGGUCUUCGUUUCAUUUCAAAGGAGAGGAUCAGACUAUCUGAAUAUAAACACAAUUUGAUGUUAAUUUAUUCUAAGCACACCAUGAUUUUGAUUGUCCUAAAGAAUUCUGCCUUUGUUAAUACUAUGUUAAUUUUUUUUUUUUAAUUUGUGACAGGAUUGUAGCAAAUUAUUAUUUAAGGAAAAUAAAUUACGUAAACAUUCUAAAGUGGUAUUUUGAAAUAGUGGUUUUAUGUAUCCAGAAGAAACAGCUAAGUAUCCAAUUUCUUAACGGGAUUUAUAGAAAAAGGAUGGUUUCAUGUUAUAGUGCACUGAAAUGAGGCCGUUUUGAUGUUUAGCAAACUGGGCUAGUUGAGUAGUUUCCUGGUCACAAACUGGGUAAAAGACCUUUACUGUAGGGGCCAGGUUUCUAAAGGUUGUCUCCAGACCGAGCAUAUUUACCGCAUUCUUUACAUCUUUUCCCCACCGAUGCUUUACUGUUAAAUGGCCAGGGUGGAGGAAGGUGUUGUGCCGUGUCAUGAGCCAUACUGUGCGACAGGAGACACCGAAGCCCCAUCCUUGUCAGGGUAACGCCAGGCUAGCAGAGUGUAGCAGCAGAGUCUGGAGCUAAGGGGUACGGGAUUUGGUUUCUGAUUCCACUCAAAAGCUAGCCCUAGGCCUAGUCACUUAUGAGCUUUACCUCCAUCUUCUCAUCUGUAAAAUAGGAGAAAUAAAUAAUACUGAGGACUUUGGGUCGGAUAUGAGUAUUGAAUAAGAUGAUGCUAUGAAAAUUUUCAUCAGCUGGAAUCUGACACUGCUCUGGAUGAAUUACUUUGAAAAGUUAACUUAUCAGUGACUAGCCCCCAGAUCCAUGAAACAGAAGUAGAAGCAGCUGGGUUUUUGUAAGAGAAAAUCGCUUUUCUUCUCAAGAGCACCAAGGGCACAAAGGAGUAUCAUACAAGUACUUCUGGACUCAGAAAAUUUGAUCAGCCAGGCACCAAAAAAGAGGGAAAGCUGAAGUGAAUUUAAAUGCCGUCAGGAUACUGAGCAAACCAUGGCCAUUUGAUAAAAAGGCAUCCUCACCCUCUGUGUAAAAAGCUUGUGAAGCCUAAAUGAGUUUGGAGAUUUAUGUUUUAUUCUUUUUUUAAGAAACAAAUUUUUUCAUAUGGUUGAGGAAAUGCUGCCGUUCUUUUACAUCAGUUUCCAAAAAGUUUACCGAAGGUUGCAACCAGCCUUUUUCUGCCACUGUGCGGGCCAGUAGUUCAGACUCAGCAGAUGUUACCAGGAACAAAAUCCAUGAAAUCCUGGGGAAGAACAAGACAAGAGAGUUAUCGAAAGGAGUAAAAUAUGCAAGUUGAUACUACAGAUGCUACCAAUUAAUUUAUGGAGUUCAAGAUUCCUGCUUCAUCACCUUAUACACUUAAGCAAUUAUACCUAAGAAGCCCGUUUUAGCCCAAAGUGAAGAAUGUCAUCAAAAUCAGGAUAAACAUUUUGCCUGGGAAAUUGGGGUAUGAAUGGAGAAGACAUUUACAUCCUGUGUUCUGGCACUCUCGGAAGAUCUAAUUAGACUCGUCGAUGUGCAGACAUAAAAUGGGAAAUCCCUCCUGGUGUCACUCCAUAGAACCUGUACUAGGUGUUUUGAUUUUCCAGAACGAGAGAUCCAACUCAGUUUGGUUGGGGGAGAAGCGGGGAGGGUUGGAUCACAAACUUGGGCUGGUCUUUAGUUCCUACCACAGUAACUUAUACUUCAGUUUGCUUUGAGAUUAGCAUAGAUGCUGUUGCUGCAAAGUUGCUGGUUGAUGUUUCUUGUUCCUCGUAGAACUUAUCGUAGAACCGGAGGCAACGAAGAGGCAGCAUCAAUGGGAAAGGGUGGGCAGAGGCAGGACGUGGGUCUAGAUUAGACUUAGACAAGAUGUGUCGCCCUCAGCCCUCACUUUCCUUCUAAGUAAAAGGGGGAGUUUGGGCUCGAGGGGAUGAGCUCUGGUCUUUUUCAACAUCUGCCGUUCUGGGAGUCUAUUCCAGAGAGUCAAGGUUAAUCCUAAACCAAAACCUCCAGUAAGCUACUGGAGAGAGAUGUAUCACGUUUCUGGAACUUGUCUCCAAGAGCUGGUCCCUCAGACCUUGGCAAAGACUCUGACCUCAGCCUGGGAAGCCAAGCAGGGAGGGAGUCCAAUGGCCGGGCUGUCCAGCAUCUCUAUAACUCACGUUCCCUCUAGAGUACCCAAGGGAUUUGUGUUGUCAUGUAGUUUUGAAAAGUAUCUUAAUUGAUUAGCAAUAUUUUGUCUGUAAAGUUGUAGUGUUUUUCAUUCUGACCUGUUCUUUCAGUGA